AUGGAUAAAUAUGAUACAAUUCUUUGGCGAUUAAGAGAAUUGGAAGAAAAUUCAAAAUGUGCUGAUUGUACUGAUAGUUUUCCAAGAUAUAUGAAUACAACAUAUGGAACAUUUGUUUGCUCGGUAUGUGGUGCAAUUCAUAGAGAAUUGGGAAAUAGAGUAAAAUCAAUAUCAUCUGAUAAAUUUACCCAACAAGAUAUUGAAAGACUUGAAAAAGUUGGUAACAAAAUGGCUGAUGAAAUUUGGUUAUCAAAAUGGAGUCAACAACAGUAUCCACUACCAUUCCCAAGUGAUGAAAAGAGGGUUAGAGAUUUCAUUAAAAUGAAAUACAUUGAAAAGAAAUGGAUUAAAGAAGGUAUUAAACAAUCUGAUUUCAUUUCACCACCAACUCAAUCAACACCUGGUUCAACUCCAACUUUCACUUCUCCAAAGCAACAACAACAACAACAACCAUCAGCAGUAUCUCAAAAACAACAAACUACAUCACCAUUAAGAAAUAGUGGUGAGAAAAAAGAAAUACUCACUUCAAAAGAUUCUUUAUCAAAAGAGUUUGAAAGUUUAUCAUUAGGAAAUUCAAAUAAUUUAUUAAAUACUAAUCAACAACAACAACAACAACAACAACAACAACAACAACAACAACAACCUUCAACUCAAACAUCUCAACAAUCAAUUCCAUUCAUUCAACAAGCUGAAAUUAAUCAACAACAGCAACAGCAACAGCAACAAUUUGAUUCAAAUGGUAAACCAUUCAAUCCUUUUAGAGAUGAAAAUAAAUAUUUUAAUUCAAAACCACAACCAAUUGAAAGUAAAGCAUCAUUCCCACCAUUUUCAGAGAAACCAUUUAAUCAACAUUCCUAUUUAAAUGAAAAAAGUACAAUGAAUGCUGAUCAAAGUCUUGGUAAUAAUUCUUCAUUUUAUUCUAAAAUUCAAGUUCAACAUCCAACCCCAAAAUCACCACCAACCUCAAUCUAUGAUACUCAACAAUAUAAACAACAACAACAACAACAACAACAACAACAACAACAACAAAAACCACAACAAUAUCAAAAUCAACAACAACAUCAACAAAAAUUACAACCACAGCAACAAUCACAAUACCAACAACAACAACAACAACAACCACCACCACCAUAUAUAAAUCAACAGCCACAAUACAACCAAACAAAUAGUCAAAUGAAUCAAAUGAAUGGUCAUGCAAACCAAAUGAACAACCAAAUGAAUCAAAUGAAUAACCAAAUGAAUCAAAUGGGUAAUAGUAUAAUGGAUGGUAACCAAAUGGUGAAUAAUUUCCAACAACAGCAACAACAACCACAACAAUAUAAUCCAUUUAUUGAUACUAAUUUAAGCAAUAAUCAAUUGGCAUUAGUUCCAGUUGAACAAAAUAAUAAUAGUAAUAAUAAUAAUAAUCAAAUGGCAGUGUAUCCUCAACAACCACCACAACCACAACAACAUAAUAUGAAUUUCCAACAACAACAUCAACAAUAUCAACCACAACAGCAACCACAACAACAAAAUUUAUCAAAUAUUAAUAUGAAUAAUAGCAAUAGUAAUAUUCCAAAUGGAAAUCCAUUUGGAAUUUCAGAUCAAGUUGUUUUAAAACAUCAACAAAUGCAUCAACAAAAUAUGAAUCAACAAAAUAUGCAACAACCACAAAUGAUGAUGAAUUCAAAUGGUCAAAUGGUAAUGGUUACUGGUGGUCCUGCUACCACUACAACUACAACAAUUAUACAUACUCCAAUUAAUGGAAAUUUACCAUCAGAGUCAUCAUCAUCAUCUGGUAAUCCAUUUGAUCAACAACAACAACAACAACAACAACCAUUAGAUGAAAUGUUUGGUAAAAAGGUUAAUAGUGAUCCUGUAUUCCCUGCUUCAAGUUCAUCAUUUGAAAGUGGUAAUAGCUUAGAUAGAUCUGAUGAGGAACAAAAAGAAGCAUGGAGAAGAAUUCAAGAAAAGAAUAUUCAAAUCCAAAAUGAUAAAGAAAUUGCAAGAAAAUUACAAUUGGAAGAAGAAGAAAUCUUUAAAACUAGACCAAGAAGUAAUACUGAACCCUCACCACGUGAUAGAACUACUUCACAAUUACAGCUUCAACAAUCUCAACCUCAACCUCAACAACAACAAUAUCAUUACUCAUCUUAUAGUUCAUCAUAUGAUACAGCAAAUAAUCAUGGUAAUGGUAUGCCAAUAACUCAGCAACAUAUUGUAAGUGGACAUCAUCGUUCAAGUAGUGGUAGUAAUAUUCUAAAACGUCUUAGUGGUAGAUCUAGAAGUAAAUCAUAUGAUUAUGAUGAUCCAUUUGAAAUCAAUCCAAGACCUUUGAAUAAAAGUGGUGGUUAUGAUGAUUAUGACAGUUUUAUGAGAAAAAAUAAACGUAUCCCAGGUGGAGGUAGUAAUUAUCAACCAAAAAUUAGUCAACAAGAUUAUUAUCAAGAUAAUAAUAAUAAUAAUAAUAAUAAUAAUAAUAAUUAUCAACAACAACCAUCAUCACAACAAAUUGUUGUUCAUGAACAAAGUAACUAUAAUAAUAAUAAUAAUAAUAACAAUGCAAACAGAUCAUAUAAUGAAUGUGAUUAUUGUGGUAAAGAUGUUGGUUUAGAAUCGAUGAGUUACCAUAAGAAUACUGAAUGUAUUCUUAGACAAGAAAGAUGUUCCAUGUGUAAUAAAUUGGUAAAACAUAUGCAAAUGGGUGACCAUCAAUUACAAUGUCAAACAAAUACUUACACAUGUGGUGUUUGUGGUAGAUUAGUAAUGGGAAAAGAAAUGCAAAAUCAUAUGGCAUAUGUUCAUAAUCAAUAA